CCAGCACCUUGGCAACGCUUCAUCAUUCUACCACAGUCGAUCUAGCAGAGCGGACUACCGCCCGUAUACAUUCUCCUUUUGCAGUUAACACUUCCUUAAAACACAGAAAUGGAAGACGAGAUCGCCGCCCUGGUCGUUGAUAACGGCUCUGGUAUGUGCAAAGCCGGUUUCGCUGGAGAUGACGCUCCUCGCGCAGUGUUCCCCUCCAUCGUCGGUCGCCCCAGGCAUCAGGGUGUGAUGGUGGGUAUGGGCCAGAAGGACAGCUAUGUGGGAGACGAGGCCCAGAGCAAGAGGGGUAUCCUGACCCUGAAGUACCCCAUCGAGCACGGCAUUGUGACCAACUGGGACGACAUGGAGAAGAUCUGGCAUCACACCUUCUACAACGAGCUCCGUGUGGCCCCUGAGGAGCACCCUGUCCUGCUCACUGAGGCCCCCCUCAACCCCAAGGCCAACAGGGAGAAGAUGACCCAGAUCAUGUUCGAGACCUUCAACACCCCCGCCAUGUACGUGGCCAUCCAGGCUGUGCUGUCCCUCUACGCCUCUGGUCGUACCACCGGUAUCGUCAUGGACUCCGGUGAUGGUGUGACCCACACAGUGCCCAUCUACGAGGGCUACGCCCUGCCCCACGCCAUCCUGCGUCUGGAUCUGGCUGGCCGUGACCUCACCGACUACCUGAUGAAGAUCCUGACAGAGCGUGGCUACUCCUUCACCACCACGGCCGAGCGUGAGAUCGUGCGUGACAUCAAGGAGAAGCUGUGCUACGUGGCGCUGGACUUUGAGCAGGAGAUGAGCACCGCUGCCUCCUCCUCCUCGCUGGAGAAGAGCUACGAGCUUCCCGACGGACAGGUCAUCACCAUCGGCAACGAGAGGUUCCGCUGCCCCGAGGCCCUGUUCCAGCCCUCCUUCCUCGGUAUGGAGUCCUGUGGCAUCCAUGAGACCACCUUCAACAGCAUCAUGAAGUGUGACGUUGACAUCCGUAAGGACCUGUACGCCAACACCGUGCUGUCUGGAGGUACCACCAUGUACCCCGGCAUCGCUGACCGCAUGCAGAAAGAGAUCACAGCCCUGGCCCCCUCCACCAUGAAGAUCAAGAUCAUUGCCCCCCCAGAGAGGAAGUACUCUGUCUGGAUCGGAGGCUCCAUCCUGGCCUCCCUGUCCACCUUCCAGCAGAUGUGGAUCAGCAAGCAGGAGUACGAUGAGUCCGGCCCCUCCAUCGUCCACAGGAAGUGCUUCUAAACAGACUGUCUCCCUCCCCCCUCCCCCAUCCUCUUACUACACGCACCGCUAGUGACCGCUUGAGCUCUGCACACACUUGCACUCUCACACACACACACAUACACUCUCUCUCAUACUCACACACAAUGGUGUGUGCAGAGUUCUGACCCCCCCCCCCCCCACGCUCCGCCCCUCCCACUCUUCCAUCCAAGAGGCCCGUCGUCCGGGCAACCCCAGCCUGCCUGCCUGGUGUCUGCAGGGCUUCGGCCAGCAGGGGGCCUGUGAGAGGGAGGAUCCUCCCUGUAUAUUUGUUGUGUAGGUCGUCCCAGUUGUCUGUUCACCCACCUUAUUUACCUCUGUGAAGGUUUCCUGGGCUGGGGGGGGCGGGGCUAAUGCUCAGUCUCUCCUGGUUCCUAGUAUUGCUUAAUAUGUAAAUUAUGUAAUCGAGUCAAGUCGUUCGGUUUGUUUUUUUUGUACUUUCAGCCUUAAGAGAAAAAAAUACUUGGUCCAGUUUUUGUGUUUUGUUAUGCAAAAAAUAAUCUUUACCUUUUGUAUGAAAGUGUAAAGGUUGUCAUUACCCUUCACCCCACCGUCAGGGGAGGUGAGAGGGCUGCUGGGAUACUGUCAACACCGACCAAUAAGAAUUCAAUAAAGUGCACAUGUCUAUGAA